AAGCCCUGCAAUUAUUCCUGGAAAGCGAAUAGGGGGAAACUGCCGCGCGAUUCCUGGGAGCGAGCGCUCGCUUCAGCCCGUGGCCCAAACAAGGGGGAGAGAUGAGUCUCAAAACCAAACACGGGGAAAUGACCGGGCUCACCGCGGUGUUAUCCUGAGAAUCAGCCGAAAGAAAAACAAACAUUUUUUCAUCAGCAAAAGCGCUGCUAAAUACCGGAGCUGUUAGAGCAAGACAACCAGAGGCGAAAUGGGAGUUGGUGCGGCGGCUGUGACGUCAGAGCCGCCGGUGCUGUUCUCAGAAUAGGCUUCUAGGAAAAGGUGAUUUUUAAAAGCCCAGCCUUUACACUCUGUCCUUCACACAUUUGGAUCCCAUUCUGGUGACAACACACUCCAAACCGCUGCUACGGAGAUUUCUAUGUUUUAAACGUGUUGUUUUCAUGUUUCUCGUUCAGUGUUGUUCUUAUUACAACUACAGGACCAGACCAUUACUGACUGGGUACACCGAGCUCUUUUAUCACCGAUUUGAAGGCUUUUCGUUUUGUUUUGUGGAAGUGCUUUUUCCUUUCUUCGGACGGAGAUCAUUGUCUUUAUGUUUCGUUAUUUUCUGCGGAAGAAACACUGACCGGAUCUUAAUCUGCAGAGGAUUUAAGGAAUAACAUGAUUCUUUGUGUACCAGCUCCGAGAGCACCUCUGACUGCUGCUCCGUCCACUGAUACCCUGAGGGGGAUGCGGGCAGGAACAGCACCUACCCCUUGCCUUCAAAGCCCCCCCCCCACUAUGGGACCCAACAAGGACCUGCGGGCGAUUGCCAGCAACUUCUGCUAUCUAGAAAACUCAGGAUGGUACUGGGGAGCUGUAACUGCAGCUCAGGCCCACGCUGCGCUUCAAGAGGCAUCUGAAGGAGCUUUUUUGAUACGAGACAGCAGUCACCCUCUGUACAUGCUGACCCUCUCCGUCAGGACGGCACGAGGUCCCACCAGUAUUCGGAUCCAGUACAGCGGGGCACAGUUUUUGCUCGACUCCAGUUCCCCGGCCAGGCCAAGCCUGUCGUCCUUCCCCAACGUGCCCAGCCUGGUGCAGCACUACAUGGGGCCAGGGAGGAAAGCAGAAGAGGGCAAGGUGUGGGAGGAAGCCCCUUCAAAACCCUGUCAGCAGACAAUUCAGGAGACAUCUGUGGUUUUAAAACUGAAGCGGCCUGUGUACAAGCCGCAGGGCCUCCCCUCCUUACAGCACCUCACUCGCCUGGUUAUAAACAGACACUCUGACCAGUCCGAGCAGCUCCCACUCCCCAGGCCUCUGCUGCGUUACAUUCAGGACUAUCCCUUCAAGGUAUGAUGGGUGCCUCAUGAUGUUGUUACAUUUAGGGUCAAAUAAACAGUCAAACAGGUCUCUGGUGCCUGAAAAUGACACCGCUGCUCCAGCAGUUGGAGGCCAGUCACGAAACCACUGGACAAAUGUGUAUAAAUUCAAUUUAUACUGACGUGCCUGGUGCCAGACUUGAUUGGUCGAGGAUUGGUUGAUGAAGUACAAAGACUUGUGCGCAAAGAUGUACUGUAAUCACAUAUUUUGUGAUUGAUGUGGGAAUUGUCCAUGUCCAUUUGACCCUCAUCAGUUGUGGAUAUACGUACUGUUUCCAAUAACUACACUGAUUCCAUUAAGACAUAUUUUAUGCCGUUUUAUUUUUCUCAGUAAAACAUUUUUUCUACCUUUUACAUGUGUACAUUUUUCUAUUAAAAUAAUGAACUUA